CGAAAGACAGUUCUCGUUCCGGGUCGUACUGUUUUGUUAUGCUAAGUGGAAAAUAGCUUUACGAGCGUCACGUUAUAAAUACAUUCGUUUUUUUGAGGUUUGAGAAACAGAUCAGGACGCGAUGCAAAGACCACAGUUCCGCCAUCCCCGCCAGGGCUCCGGUCCGCGGGCCGCGGGCUUCCGAAGCCCGCCUCCAGCCUUUGACAGGACAGGGAGUAUGUUUCCAUCGCCUCCGUGGGCAUUUUCAACCCCACCGCCGCCGUUCGGACCUAGAUUCGGACAGUGUUCUCCAAAUACCCCGCCGAGAGAGUUUGGUGGUAACAGAGGCGGCGGCGGUGGUGGUGGGAAGUAUUUUAACGGUCAGUCUCCGGCUCACACCCCGCGCGGAAUGAGCCCCGGUCCCCGCGGCGCACCGUUCAGACGCUCGCCGUACGAGAGCCCCAGGCGACACUCUGGAUAUCAGGGUUCACCACGGACAUCCACACCGUUUGGGUCAGCGCAUGGCAGGGAGAGAGGGACAAAUGAUAUGGAAAAAUAUUACAAACCAUCAAUGCUCCAAGAUCCCUGGGCUGACCUACAGCCCAUCUCAGUUACACAAACUCAGUCUAAAUGCAACUCCAAACAAACCAAUACGAGCAGACAAGGGAGGUACUACAAUUAAAACGUUAUCUUACUUCAGUGAAAGGGAAAAGUCACUGAACAGUCCUUUUUUUAUUUAGUGCACCAGUAGUGCACUACAUUUUUAGUCAAACGGAGCCAGCCGAAAACAUGGACCUGAGGCAGGAUUCACCAGCAAUAAUUCUUGAGAAACUGACUUCACAACAUUUUCUAAAACCAUAUGUACUUGCUUGUAUAAAGAGACAUUCUCUUUUACUUUUAUAUCUGCACCUCAACGACAGGAUCAUAAAAAUAUUGUAACCGGCAGCCUAUUCGUAGUAGUUUGCCAUCUCUGGCGCACUCCCAUGGAGUUUGCAAAUCCUUCAUUGAAAUCAGAGGAGUAUGUCUUCAAGCUCGAAAUGCAGUUUAACAAAAGAUGUCUGAUCAACACGUCCAUCUACCUCUCAAUACUGACUGUGUGCUGUUAACUAGAACAGGUCAGGUCAAGUAUUUGUAAGUUUGGCUCCUUUACUAAUUUUGUAUUGGAUGUUUUCGUUUUUUUAACUUUGUUUUUGGUGACUUUUUUGAUUUUAUCACAGUCUAUGAUCAUUACUUUUUGUAUAUAUAUAUAUAUAUAUAUAUAUAUAUAUAUAUAUAUAUAUAUAUAUAUAUAUAUAAACUUAGACUGGCAACCGGCAUUGUAAUUGUAAACAGCCCUCAAAGAACUAUUGUUAUAUUAUAAGCCAAAUAUAAUUAAAAGUUGUAAUGCAAUACAGUUCUUGUCGAAAAACAAUGCAAGUUGAAAUCUGUUACACUUUAUUUAGUAAAACCAUGUUUUAUAUCUUCACAAUUAUUCUUGUCACCGUAAUAUUACUACACAUCUCUGCAAGUUUUUGCUGUACAAUAUACCAUAUGGAUCUCAUAUUGGAGGUCUACAAAAAUAAUUUUAUUAACAGAAACGUAACUUUUUUUUUUUUUUUUUUUAAGUUCAGUGUUAAAUGUUUGCAUCUCAUUUUCAUUCCACAUUCACAUCGCCAUAACUACUGUAAUAUUACAUCAGUUCUGUCAGUUUCCUUUCUUUUGGUUGUCAGCUAGUUCUUUCGAUAAAGCUUAUAAUUUGCUCUUAUCCUAUUUUGAACUCCGAUUUCUCCAUGUUCAGCAUUUUGCCAAGAGACAGACAAAAUAUAGAAUGAACGUGUAUCUUAAGUGUGUAAGAAAGACUCAAACAAUAGAGGCUUAUAUUAAAAUGUCUUGUAUUGUAAACUUGUUUUUUUUGCGCUUAAAGACAGUCAUUUUUUUUAAGCAAUGAUGGGUCUCUUGAGGCAUCAGCUGUUGAUACGUCAGCAUCAUUGCCACAUGGAGUGUUUUCCGCAUAAACAGACCAAUCAAGAGCUUGUUGAGACAAAGUAACCCACUAUGAUUGACUAAACAAAGGGAGAGAAAAACUUACAUAUGCGUCAGUACACAUAAAACUUUGGGUGAGGACAUUCGCAGAGUUAACUUUUAAAAGAAGCCGUGUAGCUUUAGCUGUAAAGGAAAGAAAUCAGUAAUGUGGGAAUAAACGGUCAACCUCACAUUUAUCUACACAUGGAUGUGCUUAUUCAAAACCAUUCCUCAUAAGGUGACAGUUCUUGUUUACUCCAGAUCUGCAGGUGUCUGAAAAGUAGAUUGUGUCCAGCCCUUAGUUUCUUGGUUUUAGUACGAGCGAGCAUGAUUUCACAAUAUACUCUUGCCCUUAGAACUAAAAUACAGAAAACUACCAUUUACAAUAGAAAAUAUAAUGACACAGGAUAAAUGUAGCAAGAAAUAUUCAGUUGCAUAUAAGUUAUAAUAAAGUACACAAUUCAGUCUGUGUAAUAAAACAUUCCAACCUGUUUUCACAGUAAAGUCAACUCAAGCUAGACGAUGUUCUCGUUUCUAAAUCGCUAAAAUUCGGGACCCCUAGACGGCACAAAACAAACCUCCAAAUCUGGUGCCAUACAGAGACGAGUGAAAAAGCCCUUUUAACGACAAAUAUUUAAUGUAUGUGUGUUUAAGGAGAGAUUGGGUUAAGUUAAAUCAUAUUUGACACAGGUUUUGUGCGCUUUCUAAAACAAAGUACAGUGCCAACUUGAAAUGCACAGGCUUUAAAACUUUUAGAGUGUAUGAAUUUCUUUUGGUAAAAGAGCCAAUUAAGAAUAAACUGCACAGACUGUGUUUAAUAGUUAUUUUCAAUAACUUGAGCAUUUGCCUGGGUGAUAUAUUUAGCUUUGCCUAUGUCAGGAGAAGGUAAACAGCUAUAGUUUUCCUUUCAGAAAAUUACCUAAAAAGCAUUUAUGCAGCUUGAAACCCAACAUCUUUGUAUAUUUAGUAUAUUUGUAACAUUAAGGCUUUACUUUGGGAAGUAAAACAGAACAGGGCAUUUAAAUGCAAGUGAACUUGCAAAUGUAGUAUUGUUUUUCCAACAGUGUUAGUGUUUAGCAAUCAGUGUGCUCACAUUCAACUAAAUGCAAUUAAAUAAACAGAAUUAAAAAUGA